CCAAAAUAUGUUUAUUAAAGAUUUAAAAUUUAUUCAUAAAAGAUCCAAAAUUCGUCCAUUAGAUCCAUAAUUAGUUUAUAUGAGAUCCAAAAUUCGUCCGUUAGAUACAUAAUUUAUCCAUUUAAAAUCCAUAAAUGACCAAUAAUGGACGACUUAUGGACGUCCAGACCAGUUGCAAACGGACGUACAAUGGACGUCCCUUGUACGUCCGCUGCAGGUAAUCUGGACAUCCGAUGGAUGUACACAAUGUCCGGAUCGGACAUCCGUUGUACGUACAUAGGAUGUACUUGUGCUUAUUGGGAGGUUUCCUGUGCAGUGUUUUAAAUCGUUAGCACUAUGUCGUAUAAUCAAAAAUUAUAUCAGUGGAAAACAGAGUGUAUACUUAAAAUUAAUGAGUAUAAUGCAAAAAUAAAUCAAAAACAAGCUGUAAUAGCGGCAGCUGUAGUAGCGACAGUUUACACAAGUAUUAAAAGAAAAUACAAAAAGAAACGAUAUUGGAUAGCUGAAGUUUAUAAGCAACGACGACGCAUAGGAUUUUAUUACUUGGUAUUCCCAAUGUUGAAAUUAGAUGAUCUCCGAUUUAAGAAUUAUUUUCGGAUGAACUGUACUCAAUUUGAAGAGUUACUUGCAUUAAUUGCGCCAAGAAUACACCGACAAUAUGCCAUUCGAGAACUCAUUGAAACGGAACAACGUUUCAUAAUAUGUUUAAGAUACUUAGCUAGUGGUGACAGUAUGGCAUCCAUGUCACACCAGUACUCGGUUAGCCAAACAGUAGUUUCUCAAAUUAUUCGUGAAACAUGUGAAGUUAUAUGGGAUACAUUGUACCCUCUUGUACUUCCAUUACACACACAUAAAGAAUGGAGGGAGAUUGCAAAUGAAAUGAAUAUUAAAUGGCAAUUUCCACAUUGUAUUGGGGCAAUGGAUGGCAAACAUGUUAUUAUACAGAGUCCUCAACACAGUGGCUCUGCUUAUUACAACUAUAAAAAAUCCUUCAGUAUUGUAUUACUAGCAAUCUGUGAUGCGAACUAUGUUUUCACAUAUGUUGACAUUGGUGCCUAUGGUAGACAGAGCGACAGUGGUGUUUUUAAAAAUUCGUUAAUGGGACAAAAAUUUGCACAGGGACAAAUGAAUGUUCCACCUGCCGAAGAAAUUUAUGAAGGAAGUUCCAAGUACCCUUAUGUAUUAGUUGCAGACGAAGCAUUUCACUGAGUCCAUACUUGAUGCGUCCUUUUUCUGGAAGAGAUCGUUUGUCAACAGAACAGAAGAUUUUCAAUUACCGACUCAGUCGAGCAAGAAGAACAAUAGAAAAUGUUUUUGGGAUUCUUGCUGCUCAAUGGCGAAUAUAUAGAAAACCUAUCAUAGGAAAAGUUGAGACUAUUGAAAACAUAGUGAAAGCAACAAUAACUUUACACAAUUGGCUACGCAAAAAAGAUAUAUCAAAUAGAGAGCAGUCAUUUAUAUCUGCUGGUAUGAUUGACGAAGCAAAUGAUGGCUCCAUUAUUGAAGGCAACUGGAGAAAAAUUGUGCAACUAGACAACAGUGUCCUGCAACCAUUGUCUUCUUGCUCAACACACACAUAUACAAGAACGUCUGCUGAAAUCCGACAAAAAUUUAUGAAUUAUUUUAAUGAAGAAGGCGCUAUUCCAUGGCAGUUUGUACAAGUUUUUAAAUAAAUAAAUGUUAA